GACACCCGAUAUACUUUCCUUUGUUCAUCUUCCAUCGUAUGAACAUAGCCAUAAGGAUGCUGCAGCAAGCCCUCAAAGUGUCCGGUCGCACUGCGUCCCCGCUGAUCAAGUGGAUGGAGAAGUGGGCUGAGAGCGCAGCUGGCCUGAAGAAGACCGAGGCAGCGCACGGGAUGAAAACCCUAAAGGAGAUGCCGGGACCCACCGUCGCCAAAUUUGCCUGGGACCUCUUCGCCAAACGGGGACUGUCCCGCCUCCACGAGCUGCAGCUUGAGGGUGUGAAGCGCUACGGGCCAAUGUGGAAGGCCAGCUUUGGUCCCAUCCUGACGGUGCACGUGGCCGAACCAGCCCUGAUAGAGCAGGUGCUGAGGCAGGAGGGCCAGACCCCCAUCCGCUCUGACCUCUCCUCUUGGAAGGACUAUAGGAAACAACGAGGCCACGGCUACGGACUGCUCACAGCUGAGGGGGAGGAGUGGCAGGCAGUGCGGAGUCUCCUGGGGAAGCACAUGCUACGUCCGAAGGCAGUGGAGGCCUACGAUGCGACUCUAAACGGCGUGGUAGAUGACCUCAUCACUAAGCUCCGCCUCCGCAGGCGCCAGGACCCCCGCGGCCUCGUCUCGGACAUCGGCAGCGAGUUCUACCGCUUCGGCCUCGAAGGGAUCUCCUCAAUCUUGUUCGAUUCCAGGAUUGGUUGUCUAGACCCUGUGGUUCCCAUGGAGACAGAACGUUUCAUUCAGUCCAUUAACACCAUGUUUGUCAUGACGCUCCUCACCAUGGCUAUGCCUGCCUGGUUACACCAGUUGUUCCCCAAGCCCUGGGACACUUUCUGCCAGUGCUGGGACUACAUGUUCCAAUUCGCUAAAGGUCACAUUGACCAGCGUCUGAUGGAGGAAGCAGAGAAGGUGGCGCGGGGACAGGAGGUGGAGGGGCGAUAUCUGACUUACUUUCUGACCCGCACAGGGCUACCCAUGAAGACUGUGUACAGCAACGUCACUGAGCUGCUCCUGGCUGGGGUGGACACGAUAUCCAGCACCAUGUCCUGGUCCCUUUACGAGCUGUCUCGGCACACUGAUGUUCAAGCCUCGCUGCGGGAGGAGGUAUUGACUGUGAUGGGGGGUCGGAGGGUGCCUGGGGCUGCAGACGUGGCUCGCAUGCCCCUCAUGAAGGCUGUGGUCAAGGAAGUUCUCAGACUUUAUCCUGUUAUUCCGGCCAAUGCCAGGGUCAUCGCAGACAAAGACAUCCAGGUCGGAGGCUACAUCCUCCCCAAAAACACUCUGAUCACCCUCUGCCACUUUGCCACAUCCCGGAAUGCAUCAUUUUUCCCGAACCCGAAUGCCUUCCAGCCCCAUCGCUGGCUGAACCGGGACGAAGGCCACCACCCCUAUGCCUCGGUGCCCUUUGGUGUGGGCAAACGCAGCUGCAUCGGCCGCCGCAUCGCAGAACUGGAGGUCUACCUGGCACUUGCACGAAUUCUGAUGCAGUUUGAUGUAAAGCCCGAUCCAGAAGGCAGUGGUGCAGCAGUCAAACCCAUGACCCGGACACUGCUGGUGCCAGAGAGUGAGAUCAACCUGCAGUUUAUUGAAAGAUGAGUCGAUGACCUGCUGAACACUAGCUAUGUGUAUUUGACUGUGACUGACAAUCCAUGUCUCUCAGAGUGAGACAGUUGGGAGCACUGGGAAAAGCAUUGCGAAAGAGGGCCCGACUGAAUUUGCAGGCCUAAACCCAUAGACCAGGCUCUCAGCCCCUCAGAUCUCAAGCCCAGUUGGUUUGGGCUGGCCUGGGUCUGAGUUGAUACAGCAGCUGAAUGAGGGGCUGAUAGAGGUCUUUGUUAAUUGAAAACCUUCCUCUCUGUAUAUGAACAGUAGUAGUUGCAUUUCCAGUGAACUGAAACUCACUUCCCACACAUUUUUUGCACAAGGAGGCUUGGAGACGGUGAAGGGAGGGUACGGCAAUAUUUCAAGUGCAUUAGAGCCUAUCUAGAAACUUCUCUCCAUGCAGAGUGAAAUGCAUAGAACUUGAAACCUUUGACUGAAACUUGAAAGUGCAUCAGGAGAUAUUAUGUGACAUAGUACUAUAAAGCUGCAAUCAGCAGUAGAAACUAUAACAAACUGUGCCCCUCCCCU